GCCAGAGAGACGCGGAGGAGGAGACAUGAGCCGGCGGGCGCCCAGACGGAGCGGCCGUGACGCGUUCGUGCUGCAGCCGCGCGCUCCUCCGGCCCUGGAGUGCUGACCCCUGGCCCCGCGCAGCCCCGUGUCCCGGCUGGAGAGCGCGCCCUAGGCUCCAGUCUCGCCACGCAUGCUGCCCCCGGAGUGAGCCGGGCAGCCAGCCUCCCGCGGACGCCCGGACGGCCGGCCGGCCGGUAGAGAGCAAGCUUCCCCGCACCAGCCUCCUGCACAGCCCGGAGGGCGCAGCGCUCGGGAGGAGCCGCGCGGGGCGCUGAUGCCGCAGGGCGCGCCGCGGAGCGCCCCGGAGCAGCAGAGUCUGCAGCAGCAGCAGCAGCAGCAGCAGCCGGCGAGGAGGGAGCAGCAGCAGAGGCGGCGGCGGCGGCGGAGGCGGCGGAGGCGCCCGGUCCCGGCCGCGCGGAGCGGACAUGUGCAGGCUGGGCUAGGAGCCGCCGCCUCCUCCCCGCCCAGCGAUGUAUUCAGCGCCCUCCGCCUGCACUUGCCUGUGUUUACACUUCCUGCUGCUGUGCUUCCAGGUACAGGUGCUGGUGGCCGAGGAGAACGUGGACUUCCGAAUCCACGUGGAGAACCAGACGCGGGCUCGGGACGAUGUGAGCCGUAAGCAGCUUCGGCUGUACCAGCUCUACAGCCGGACCAGUGGCAAGCACAUCCAGGUCCUGGGCCGCAGGAUCAGCGCCCGUGGCGAGGAUGGGGACAAAUAUGCCCAGCUCCUAGUGGAGACCGACACCUUCGGUAGUCAAGUCCGGAUCAAGGGCAAGGAGACGGAGUUCUACCUGUGUAUGAACCGGAAGGGCAAGCUCGUGGGGAAGCCUGAUGGCACCAGUAAGGAGUGUGUGUUCAUUGAGAAGGUCUUGGAAAACAACUACACAGCUCUGAUGUCCGCCAAGUACUCCGGCUGGUACGUGGGCUUCACCAAGAAGGGACGGCCAAGAAAGGGCCCCAAGACCCGGGAGAACCAGCAGGACGUGCAUUUCAUGAAACGCUACCCCAAGGGGCAGACGGAGCUGCAGAAGCCCUUCAAGUACACCACGGUGACCAAGCGGUCCCGGCGGAUCCGCCCCACGCACCCUGGCUAGGCGGCCGCCCCGGACCGUGCUCACACUCCCAGAGAACUACAUCAAAGGAAUAUUUUUACAUGAAAAAUAAGGAAGAAGCUCUAUUUUUGUACAUUGUUUCAAAGAAGACAAAAACUGAACCAAAACUCUUGGGGGAGGGGGAACGGUAAGGACCUUAUGGUUGACCCCAAACCCCCUACGACCAAGACUCAUCCAGAGAGACGUUGUCAGCACAGAGGUGCCCGUCUCUCUCUCAGAACAGACAACUCUCAGCUCGUCCCCAGAGGAGGACUUGAAUGAGGAACACGACACUCUGAGAAACCAAAGUCCUUUUUUCCCAAAGGUUCUGAAAGCAAAAGGAAAAAAGCAAAAAAAAAAAAAAAAAAGCAGAAAAAAGUAGUACCCGCCCCCCGUGGAACGCCCCCUCUUUCCCAAUCUCCCGUCCUUGCCCCAGACACUCCAACAAAAAUCGCUCUCUGGUUUGCAGUCAUUUAUUUAUUGUCCGCUGCAAGCUGUCCCGAGACACCGCGCAGGGAAGGCGUGCCCCUCGGAAUUCUCGGCGCCUCGACCUCCGACGACAGACGGCCUCGUCCAAUCACGGUGACCCUGCCUUGCUCGCAGCCUGCAGGAUGCUGCUAUCGACCUUCCGUGACUCACGUGACCUAGCACACCAAUGAUAAGGGAAUAUUUUAAAACCAGCUAUAUUAUAUAUAUUAUAUAUAUAAGCUAUUUAUUUCACCUCUCUGUAUAUUGCAGUUUCAUGAACCAAGUAUUACUGC